AUGUAUCAAAUUUAUCAGGCUGGAACGGCAAAAGCCAAAUACACACCGAAUAGGAUUACUGCUCAGCGAGGAUGUCCAGUUUGUAUCUACAAAGCUAAUGGCACUAAUGUUUGUGGAACUGAACUUGAGCUCAAACAGAACCUACAUCAGAUGAACCAGGAGAGAGUGUCUAAAGCUCCGCUGCAACGAGGAUGUGACUGGUUCUUUUCUCCACCAAGGCCAGCCACAGGCAGAGGCAUCUGGGAAAGAAUGGUACGCUGUAUUCGGAGGAUAUUAAGACCAUUACUUGGUGAUCAACUAGUAACUGAUGAAGUCCUUACAUCUUCGCUAACCAAAGAAGAAAAAAUCAUCAAUGACCGACCCCUGACAAUGUUAUAG